GUGGCCUGUUCGCGGGGUUGGCGAACCGGGCUCUGGAGCUCCGCAGGCUGGCACAGCCUAGGUUAGUGGCUGCGAGCUGAGCCUUAGGCGGCUGCAGCGAUACCGGCCAGUGCCGGAUGCUUGCCGUGUCUCGCUUCUCCCCGGCUCGUGUUCGGCUUGCGCAGCGCCCACCCGCCCUGGUCCGGGAGGGACCCGGGCGAUGCUAAGCAUGAGAAGUGCAGCGUCUCAGCCUCAGGGCUUCAGGGGAGAAAGCGGAGCUCUUGCAGGUGAAGCCGCGGUCCCUUCGCGGUCUUCCCGUGGCCGCCUGCGCAUCGAACCCUUGCCAGAUUCCGCCACGCAUCUUCCUCCCGCGCUGCCGAUGCUGGGUGCUCUGGAGAGUGAGGACCACAGCGGGGAGGGCGCGACCCGAACACCGAGGAUGGAUGCCCGCACCUGGCGUCUGGGCUGGCGCUGUCUCCUUCUCCUGGCUCUCCUUGGAUCUACCCGAAGCGAGGGCGUGGAGAGCUGCGAAGAAGUUCGGAAACUUUUCCAGUGGCGGCUUGGGGGAGCUGUCAAAGGGCUGCCGGAGGCGCCGCGGGCAGGACCUGAUCUUCAGGUUUGCCUAUCCAAAAACCCAACGUGCUGUACCAGGAAGAUGGAGGAGAGGUACCAGAUUGCAGCUCGGCAAGAUUUGCAGCAGGUGCUUCAGACAUCCAGCUCAACAUUAAAGUUGCUAAUAUCUCGAAAUGCAGCUGCUUUUCAAGAGACCCUGGAAACCCUCAUCAGACAAGCAGAGAAUUACACCAGUAUCCUUUUCUGCAACACCUACCGGAACAUGGCCUUGGAGGCUGCUGCUUCCAUUCAGGAAUUUUUCACGGAUGUUGGACUCUAUUUAUUUGGUGCGGAUGUUAAUCCCGAGGAAUUUGUAAACAGAUUCUUUGACAGUCUUUUUCCUCUGGUCUACAACCAUCUUAUAAACCCUGGUGUGACUGACAGUUCUCUGCAAUACUCAGAAUGCAUUCGAAUGGCCCGCCAGGAUGUUAGUCCAUUUGGCAACAUUCCCAAAAGAGUCAUGGGGCAGAUGGGGAGGUCGCUGCUGCCUGGCCGCACAUUCUUGCAGGCGCUUAAUCUGGGCAUUGAGGUCAUCAACACCACGGACCACAUACACUUCUCCAAGGAGUGCAGUAGGGCCCUCCUGAAGAUGCAGUAUUGUCCUCACUGCCAGAGCCUGAUGCUCAGUAAGCCCUGUAUGGGGUACUGCCUCAAUGUCAUCAGGGGCUGCCUGGCCCACAUGACUGAGCUUAAUCCACACUGGCAUGCUUAUAUCCGGUCUUUGGAAGAGUUGUCAGAUGCGAUGCACGGAACCUACGACGUUGAACACGUGCUCCUGAACUUCCACUUGCUUGUUAAUGAUGCCGUGUUGCAGGCUCACCUCAAUGGGCAGAAAUUAUUGGAUCAGGUGAAUACGAUUUGUGGCCAUCCAGUGAGAACACCAACACAGAGCCCCCGCUGUACUUUUGACCCAAGCAAAGAGAAACAUGGAAUGAAGAUCUCUGCAAGGAAUGGUGAAGAGACACUUGCCAACAGAAGAAAAGAAUUCAUCAAUAGCCUUAGGCUGCAUGGGUCCUUCUAUGGUGGCCUGGCUGACCAGCUUUGUGUUAAUGAAUUGGCUGCCCCUGAAGGAAGGCCCUGCUGGAAUGGGGAGGAAAUAGUCAAAAGCUAUGCUCAGCGUGUGGUUGGGAAUGGAAUCAAAGCCCAGUCUGCAAAUCCUGAAGUCAGAGUCAGAGGAACCGAUCCUGUGGUAAAUCAGAUCAUUGAUAAACUGAAGCAUGUCAUCCAGUUGUUACGGGGGAGAUCACCCAAGCCCAACAAGUGGGAGCUCCUUCAGCCAGGCAGUGGAGGCGGCAUGCUUGAGAACUCUAGUGGAGACUGUGAUGACGAAGAUGGCUGUGGAGGAUCAGGAAGCGGAGAAGUAAAGAGGACCCUGAAGAUCACAAACUAAUAACUUUUGGAGAUUAUCAAAUUUGGAAGAACAAGGCAACAUCAUGGAUCUGUACAUAGGUGUUUGCACCACGCCCUGCUGAUCAUUGCCCAAGAGACAACCAUCAGAGUGGCUCUGUUAAGUGUCUCCUGUGUGGGAUUAUGCAUCACUGAGACCCUGAACACCCAUACACUGCAGGAUGACACUUAUAUGUGUGGGGAUUUUUCUCCUUGGGCUGAUAAUAUGUGUAAAAAUGACUACUCAACAAUUUCAAAUCACUAAGCUGACUUUUCUGACACUCUGUGGAAUGGACUUUGGGAGAUUUUUGACUCCUCAAGACAGUGUCUUGGUUAUCCAGAGAAGAAAGCAAAAUGUUAUGUCACUUUUGAUAAAGAUAUAUUCUGGAACAUCGUCAGAAAGAAAUAACCUUUCAAUAAUGCCUCAAAAAAUAACAGGCAUGUUGUCUUUCCAGCUACAGAGGAAUGGUGCUCUUUAGAUCCAGCUGAAUUCAUGCCACUGACAAAAGAUCUAUGGGUAUGGAUUUAAUGAUAGCAGCUUAACUCCAUUUAAAAAUAAAUGAAAGAAAGCAUCACAUAGCACAGCUCCUUGUUAACGCUGCAUUUUAAGGUUGAGAAAGUGUUUAUUGCGGUGAAACAUUAGCCUGCUACCCAGCUGCAUACAGUAUAUAUUGUGCUGUAUUAUUUAUUUAUUCAGCUUGAUAUUCUCCAGUUCAAAAUAUAUACAAAUGCCGAAUGCUAACUGUGAUUCAAUUAGUGAGAAAUAGAGAGAAAAACAGAGCUUUGAAGCAUUAAUGAAAUAUUAACUUAAGGUUAAAUGAACACAGCAUAACCAGCUACUAAAGAUUCAAUGCAAAGUUGGGCUUCCAAGGGGAAUAAAGUUAUGAAUGCAUGUCCUAAUAUUGCUACUUCUUCAAAUGGUAUGGCCAGGAAAUUAAUCUUCAUGGGAAACAUUUGGAAGCAAUUUUUCUCAACCUUUAAAUGUACUAUAAUUUCAAUAAUUUAAAUACAAAUAUGAAUUUGGAGUUUAAAUAUAUUUAUCUUGAUAUAUGGUAUGAGAAAUAAAAUGUGAAAGUAACCUUAAUGUGAAUUGAUUCACAGAAGUAUUGCCAUUGUCAUAGGAUGUAGUGAUUAUGUGUUACCUUCAAGGCAAAUUUGCCUUGAGUUGAGGUGAAAACUUAAGCUGUCUAGCUACUUUUCUUCCAUCUUCUAUCCAUCUAAACAUUUAGUUUAAUAGUAGUCAUAUGUACAUAUUUAUAAUGAGUUCAGCUUUUGCAAGGAAUUACAAAUGUACAAAUGUACAAACCAAAUGUAAUGUACCAGUUAGCACUUAAUUUGAUAUUUCUAGUGUGAGAAACUACAUGCAAAUAUUUGGACCUUUUGAUCAAAAUAAUCCCUGAACAGUUUUCAGGUAGUUAAUGAUUAGCACGGAUGUACUUAGUUGGUGGAGAAUUUCUCAAAACUUGAUUUGGAAUGUUUACACCAUUUAAGUGUGAUAUUUACCUAGCAUCUUGGCAAAUAAAACCUUUCUGCUAUAACGAACCGCUUCAUUGGAUGUAAUCAUGAACAAAUAAAAGUGCAUAAACAAGCACAUAUAAAGAGAAAAACAGGUAUGGAUCUAUAAUGUUAAAAUGUAAUUCUUUUAAAUAUAUUUAUUGGUUUUUUAUUUAUUUACAUUUCAAACGUUAUCCUCCUUCCCAGUUUCCCCUCCACAAACCCCUUAUCCCCUCCUGUGUACCCCCUGCCUCUAUGAGAGUGCUCACUCACCCAUCCAUCCACUCCUGCCUCAGUGCCCUUGCAUUCCCUUACGCUGAGUCAUCGCUGAGUCAUCGAGCCUCCACAGGACCAAGGGGCUCCCCUCCCAUUGAUGCCUGACAAGGCUAUCCUCUGCUACAUAUCCAGCUGGAGCCCUGGUUCCCCCCCCCCCCCACCAUGUGUACUUUAAAAUCCUAGUCAACAUGUAUGAAAACCCUCAGUGCAAUCCCCAUGUCCGUCCACAGGUCAGACUCCAAAGGAAGGCAUGCCCAAGUACACACACACACACACACACACACACACACACACACACACACACACAUCUUACAAUGCCAUACCCUAGAUUGUAACUUUUUUUUUUCUCUUGAAAGCAGUACAAAUUUAAAAUCAAUUACAAUUAACCUAGGAAUUUUAAAUGUGACUUUAUUGAGACUUGGGUCUUCCUAUGGAGUUACCCCCUCCUCCUCAGCUCCUCCCAGCCUUUCCCUAAUUCAACCACAGGGAUCCCGGGCUUCUGACCAUUGGUUGGGUAUAAGUCUAUGUCUAACUUCAGCUGCUUGUUGGGUCUCUCAGAGGGCAGCCAUGCAAAGCUCCUAUCUUUAAGCAUAUUAUAGUGUCAGUAGUAACUGGACAGUAAAAAAAAAAAAAAGAUAAAAAUCAAUUAAAACAAUAAAAUGUGAGGUUAAUGCAAUAUUACUCUCCACUCACUAAUACUUUGUAUUAAUUUGGCAUUAUGCAAUGUUGUGAAUGGAUUAAAACUGAACAAAGUAUGUAUGUAGUAGUAUAAAGUUAAUAUAUGUUUAAGAAUACCCAGUGUUUCUUUACAAUUCCUCAUCAGGAUCCCAAUGAGCUAGAAAAAUGCUCCUGACGAUUAAAAGCGAUACUGCUUCGUACCACCAGGUGGCGCCAUAGUCCUCGCUGACGUUAUUCAAGGAGUGCUUUGCAGAGAUGAGUCCCCAAGUACAAAGACUCUGGGCUUUUAGAACAUUUUAUUUGAAAUAAUGAGACACGUGUGAUUAACUUCCUAAAGAAUAAUUUUACUUUUGUCAUUUUGGGUAAAGAUGUGCACAAUAAGUAAAAAUGAGCAGCUGUUGAGAAUAAAAGGAAGUUGCCUCAUUUAGAAGCUAUUAAUUUCUUCCAUCAUUGUUCCCUCCGUUCUCAGACUUAAAUACUCAUAUGCAGCACCUUAUGAUGAGAGACGAAAUAAAAUUUUCUUUACUCUCAAGAUUUAUUUUCUCUUUUUUAACCACAAAUAUGCGUCUCGUGUGUAUUUAAUUACUUUAUAAUGAGAAUUCUACUAAAGUAUUUUGGCUCUUUGUGCAGUUUGUUUGUUUGUUGUAUUGGAACAUGGUCCCACGUGGCCCAGACUCGCCUAGAAGUCACUGUAUAGCAAAGAACGAUAUACUGAGUUCUUGGUCCUCAGCCUCCUCUUCCCAUGUACAGGAGUUCCCUGUGUUUCUCACCACACAGCUAACCCCAUUCAUUCGUAAGAGUCUGCCACAACACCCCCUUCACUAUCCACCCCAUCACUUCCCCCCCAUACACACACACUCACAUGCUCAGUCUUGUGAAAUCAGACGCAUCAAUCAGUCAUUGUCUCCAAUAGCUCGUCCUUGAGAGAGCAGGACUUUUACGAUGACUAAUAAACAUAUAGCAUCAACAAGUUGAUUUUUUCGUUUGUACCUGGAUAAUUUAGGAGCAGCAUGCUUGAGUGGGGGCACACCUCUGAACAAGCCCUCUCCUCAUUGGUUGUUAGGAUGAGAGUAGGAAUAGAGUAAACAGAUGACAGCUUUGAAAAGAGUCAAGACAAUGAGGAGAGAGGAAGCCAUUGUUCAGAAUGUGCAUAGCCUGGCCCCUCCACUUUCUCUGAGAUCCUGUGUAUAAGAUUAAAAGGCAUUAUUCCCCAUUUCACUCAUGGACUAGUCCCUAAUCAUAUGUCUACUGCUUUAACACUUUAUUUUUGAUAUGUAGGCUAAGAAGGAUUGAUUUGUAAAUAUUUACAUAUACUUUUUCUGAAUUAAACAAUUAAAAUCAUGACUGUGCACACUUAUUUUCAUUCUUAAUUUGAGCGUGGAGGGAAUGGCAUAGUGGACACUUUAUAGUAACUUCUGUUUGCUGUGUCAGCAGGGGUGGAGUUGGCAGAGUCUUCACUCCUUGACAGCCAAGCACUUUGUAUACUGUUAUAGAAUAGAGGUCACAGGCAACCACUCCCUCUAAUACUAGGUUAUUUUGAUAGGUGGAUCCAGGGGUCACAAUUUAGCCACAGAGAAGCUCAGUAUCUUAGGGCACUGUGAGAUCCAGUUGAGAGGUGGGGCCAACAUAGCUGAGGGGUGGGGCAGCCUAAACUGUGGGGUGGGGCAGCUUAAGCUAUGGGAUGGGGCUGUCUAAACUACACUGAUAAUGUAGGGGUCAACCUAAAGAUACAAUCAUUUCAGAAUCCCAGCACUGGUGUGUGUGUGUGUGUGUGUGUGUGUGUGUGUGUGUGUGUGUGUUACCUUCAGGGCUCUAAAAUGGUCCUCACAGAGGAAAAGUCAAAAGCUUCCCCCUAUUUCCAGUGGAGCAAUGAGGAAUCACCCCCAGACCCUCAUUCCUUUUAACAUCCCUGCCCGUAGUAGAAACUUUGCCCGUGUCUGAUGUGUAGGUUUUCAUCCCAAAAUAGCAUACCUGGUGGAAGGAAGUCACCCAACACUGGUGAGCCCCGACCCUUCUAUCCAUCUGAGGAGAGUCAAGGAUCACUAACUGAGUUCAUAGCCUCAGAGGACAUUGCUCCUCCCUAGGCAAAUUACUACUGAUUAAAGGUUCAUCUACCCAGGGCAUAUCUGGUUUGCUAACAAAUGAGACAAAUCAUAAAAAAAAAAAAAAAGGAGCAAAAUAUAGUUAGAAAACACUCUCCAGUGAGAGUAACACAUAGUAGUAAUUUCAGGAUUAUAAGGCUCAGUUUAAGAAUGAAUAUCUGAGUUUAACAUGGUAAAAUCUUUAAUGGAGGUAGGCAAAAAUGCAAAAACAGGUGGAUAAGGUAAGUAGAGAGAAAGAUGUUCUAUAAGGAAGACAUAAAAAGAAGCACUAGAAAACCAAACACUGUUGCUGAAAUGAAGACUCUUCAGAUGGGCACAGUAGUUUGAGUUAUGUAAAGAGCCCCAAGCAUGAGAAUAUCAAAACAGAAUCCUCAGAAGUUGUGGCAUGAGGAGGAAAGAUGUAACAAAAAGAAAGACUGUCCAGAAAAAUGUGUAAAAAAUACAGGAAGUAAAACAUAAAACAUACAGACAACAGGGGAGUAAUCAGAAAGAAAGGGGGAUAAAUCACACUUAAAGCAGUGAUGGCUGACAAAUCACCCCAAAUUAGUGUCAAACAAAGACUGAUCCACGUAGCUCAGAAAAUACCAAGCCGUAUAUGAGAAAACCAAACUAAACCAAGUGGACAAGGAUCCACACCUUAGCUCAUUGCAAAGAAGCUUCCGAACAAUCAAAUAUAUACAGUCUAUUGAAGAAACAAUGACAAAGUAAAAAACACACGCAGGAAGAAAACUGAAAAUUACAUUUAGCUUUUCAGAAACCAUCCUAACCAAAUGAGGAGAGAGAAAAAUAAUGCCAGCAGAGUAAUCUAUACUCUGAGGAUUUACCCAUCAGGAAUUAAGGCAAAACUGAACACAAGCACAAUUUGAAAAACUUGGUUGUUUUGUGACAAAUAGUCGAUAAAAUAUCUAUACACUAAAGAGAAAAAAAUGUUAUAAAUUAUAAACCUAGAUCUACAUAAUGACAAUAAUUUCAUAGAAUAAAAACCUAAGGAAAUUAACGUCAUUAUAUGUAACUGAUCUAACACUUUUUAUAUUAUAUUAGUAAUACUAGAAAAAUGAAAUAGAGCAUGUACAUUUAUGAGCUAUAUAUGUUUAUAUGUGCACUUAUGUGUACUUAAGUAUUAGUGCAGUGCACGUCCAUGGGUACAAGUAACUGGACAUAGGACGCUUGAUACUUUGAUAUCAUUGUCCCCUACCUGUGAUAUCAUUGUCCCCUACCUGUGAUAUCAUUGUCCCCUACCUGUGAACUGUAGAAUAUUAUUUGAAAGUGAUUCAGAGUAGUGAUGAGCACAUGGCCGAAUCUUCAGGACUCCUGGUAAAUGGACUCUGUGAAGAAGUGACAGGAAGUGCAACAGCACAAACACAUGCAUGCAAUAGCACAAACACAUGCAUGUGCAAUAGCACAAACACAUGCAUGCAAUAGCGUGGAUUCUGGAAGCUCGGAGGAGACAAAACUAGGAGCAAGCCACGGGGGCAAGCUAGUCAGGAAGGUUGUGAAGGACCGAAAGGGGGCAUACAUAAUGAGAAAGUCACUAGUACCCAUCAGGGCCAUAAUAGUCCUUGAUGGAUGUUCACCCAACAGCAGACCAUCCAGGUGCAUGAGACAAAGCCAUCGCUGAAAAAGUGCAGAGAACUGCAGAGGUAAACAUUGUAUGUUAUUAAGGAGUUGCAAAUUAAAAUAAUACUGAUACCCCUUUUCGCAGUCCUGAGAACAGUCAAAUUUUGAACACUGGUGAUGGUGAAUGAAUCAAUGGGGACCUGCGAUCAUUGAGGAGGAACUGGAAAGUAAGACAGCCAGUACGCAUGCAGUUUACCUUACACAUUUCUGUAAGUUCUAAGAAUCAUACAACCCACAGUAACUGGAGGUAUUAAUUGAACACACAAUAAAAAUGGAUAUUUAAAUCAACUAUAUCCAUUGCUUCCCGAGAUGUACAUGUGCAUCGUGGGAUUAUUCAACAACUGGAGAUGAAUGAGCUACCAGGCUUUGGACAAAAGCAGACAGCAGGGAGAAAAAGCCAACCUGAGAAUGAUAUGUGAUAUAUGGUUGUAAUCUCAGAAAAGCAAAACCAUGGAGGUAGUAGAACCAUCAGUGGUUGCUAGGGGUGAUAGAGGAAGGAAGGGGAAGAGAGAAGCACAGAGGACUCUUCGCAACAUGGAAAGCUUUUUGCGUGAUCUGUCAGUGCUUGUCAUGGACCAUUAUAUAUUUGUCACAAUGCACAGAUGGCCCAACACCAAAAGGAGCUCUGAAGUCAGUGAAGGUGUUUACAUGAUAAUAUCAGUGUUGUUCCAGGACUGUGACAAAUAUGCCCACCUUGAAUGGAAGGGUGAUAAGGGGAGGCUGUGCCUGCAGGGAUGGGCCAUCAUUCAUUCUCUGGGAUUUCUGCUGAAUUUUGGUGUGACAAUUUAACAAAUUUGGCUGAAUAACUCCAUUAAUUAAAAUAAUAAUAGGUGGAGGGCCCAUUGUUUCAAGGAAUUAUCCAAUUAUCCGUGCAAUUGAUUCAGCAAGUGGAGUUGCAUAAUAACAGUGUUUGUUCCUCUUAACAUUUAUCCUAAUUAUCUGAAAAUAAUAAAAAAGUCAGCAACAUGAGUUUAGUUUAUUUUUAAUUUGGGUUGUGAAAGGAGAAAGGAUUGUUCAUUGAAGUAUUUGGUAAUUGUGGCAUUGCAUAUCUAUAGUAGACGAAAGCAUUCAUUAAUUUCACGGGCUAAGAAAUCGCGAAGAAGCUUUCCUCUUUGAUUACAUUAUUUCUAUGUCCAGGCAUAAGAUUGCACAUUAUUUAAAUAGAAUACAUAAUUUAUAAUAAGUGAGCAAGAAAACAGUACAUUUGCAUGACAAAUACACACAUUUUUCUAUUCUUCUUUUUUCUAAAAUUUGAGGUAAAUUUAUCUGACAACUGUAAUCAUGAAAAAUUAUUGAGAGUUUAUUAAAAACACAUUGAAUGUUAUGUUCAUUUUAGAGGUUGAAAGCACACUAGUAAUUCAAUUUCUACAUAUAAAUAUCUGCACUGAAACAAAUUAUUUCCCUUUUCAGCUAAAAAUAACAAAAUGUACUAGUUCAUAAUUCAAGACAGAACGAAAGUAGUGCAUUUGUGCGUAAAUCAUCGUGGAGUCCUCACCCUGGACUCAAUCUCUGUACUCUCUCAAUCACAGAAUUGUGUAUGCAGCUGGAGAAGAUCCACAACGAUAUGUCAGCUUCUGAUAUAACAUUGGAGAUGAGAGGGUGUUUCAAGUAUGGACUUACAAUGAAAACCCACUGCUGAUAAUGGCUGGGAGGCUUGAAAUGCAAAUGUGACAACAGAUAUGCCACAAGGGCAGCAACUGGAGCCAGCCUGUGUGUUGUGAGGUGCUUUGAUGCACCUCAUGCAGGUGAAAGGGGCAAGAUUUAGUUAGCUAUGGCCUGGACGCUCGAUUGUUUUUUUCUUAUACAAAUGUGGCUGACUAUUCAUAUUCACUGUAUUCUCUUUCAUGAGAGUUUUUGCCUCCACAAGAUCCUCCAUUCUUUGUGUUGCUGUCAUGGAGUGCACAACUCUUUAUUGCUCAGAUGUCUUAGUCCACUGACUGGUUUGUACCAUAACCACAGACUAAUCUGUGAAGACAAUAAAUGAUUUCUAUGGUGCUAGAGAAUAUGAAGUCCAUGGUUAAGAA